AUGAGGAAAAACAAGAAGUUGAAUUGUAUUAUACACAUAAGAAACACCUUUUACUCUCAACUUGGAAUUGGGAUCUUGGCCAACACCAUCCUUUUUCUGUUCCAUCUCAUCAAGUUACUCUUUGACAACAGAAUCAAGAACACUGACUUGAUCAUUGGUCUCCUGUCCCUAAUCCACCUACUGAUGCUGCUCAUCAUGGGGUUCAUAGCUACAGACAUUUUUACAUCUCAGCAGGGUCUUUGGGAUGACAUCACAUGUAAAUCAGUUUUCUACUUGUACAGGUUGAUGAGGGGACUCUCCAUUUCAACCACCUGCCUGCUGAGUGUCCUCCAGGCCAUCACUCUCAGUCCCAGAAACUCCUGUUUGGCAAAGUUCAAACCUAAAUCUCCACAUCACACUCUGAGAUCUCUUCUUUUCCUCUGGGUCUUCUAUAUGUCAUUUAGUGCUCACUUCUCCAUCUCCACAGCUGACAAGUCCAAUCCAUUUAUUUUCCACACUGGUAUAUUUUGGGAUGUCUUUCUUCUGGGACUUAUGGCACUUUCCAUUGGGUAUAUGGUGAUUAUCUUGAUUACCUUGUGCAGGCAUAAGAGGCAGUGCCAGCACCUUCACAGCAGCAGUCUGCCUCCAAAAGCCUCCCCAGAACAGAGGGCCACCAGGACCAUCCUUCUGCUGAUGAAUUUCUUCAUGCUCAUGUACUGUUUGGACUGCAUCUGCUUCUCCUUCAGAACUAUGCAGAAAAAUGGCCCUUUUAACACCAUCCCACAACGCAAGGCAGCACAUCUCUGUGACAUCAAGUCAGAACCUACUUUCUCCUGUGUGGAGAACAAGGCAGUGGAGUGUGAGGGCUGGUUUCUGUCUCAACUCUCACUGAUCACAGAGGAUUCCUGGAUGAACUGGAUAACAGAGGGCAGUUAA